AUGGCCAUCUCAACUUUGUCACGCGUCAUGGAUACGUUCUCCCUUAUUCUCAUUCUGGGGUUGCUUUCUUAUAAUAUUGAUUCCUCAAAGGCGGAUGAUUUUAACGUCCUAAAUAGUGGAGCUGCCGGCGAUGGCAUCAGAGACGAUUCCCAAGCAUUCCAAAAGGCUUGGAUUGCUGCAUGUGCUGCAACUACAAACAAUCCGACAGUGGUGGUACCAGCGGGGAUGAAAUUUUUAGUGAAGCCAGUUGGCUUCAAUGGGCCCUGCAAAUCUCCUACCAUCACUUUUCAGGUGAAUGGGGAAAUUAUGGCACCCGAUUCGCCUGGAGCAUGGGCCAGGCUUGAUCAGAGUCAGUGGUUGGCUUUUAAAGGUGUACAAGGUCUCCGGUUUAGUGGACCGGGUUCAAUCAAUGGCCGGGGCCAAGGCUGGUGGAAUCAAAACUGUAGGGAUCAUCCCUCCUUGAAGGGAUGCACUUCCUUGGCACCAACUGCGGUGAAGUUUCUCUCAUGCAAAGAUCUAAGUAUCACAAAUUUGCACUUUGUGGACUCUCCCCAAUCGCACAUGUUACUGAUGGAGUGUAACUCUGUGUAUGUAAAUAAUUUGAACGUGAAGGCUCCAGGCUUAAGUCCCAACACCGAUGGUAUUCACAUACAAAGUGUUACCGACUUAACCAUUUCCAAUAGCAUCAUAAGCACCGGCGAUGAUUGUGUUUCCAUUGGUGAUUACACUUCUAACAUCAACAUCACCCAUAUUAUGUGCGGACCUGGACAUGGAAUAAGCAUUGGAAGCUUGGGUAAGGAUGGAAAUGUUGUACGAGUAGAGAACAUUCAUGUGAGUGAUGUUAACUUCACAAGAACUACCAAUGGAGCUCGUAUCAAGACAUGGCAGGUUGGGAAAGGAAAUGUUCGAGGGGUCUCAUUCCAGAACAUCAAGCUUAAUUCUGUGGAAAACCCGAUAAUCAUCGAUCAAAAUUACUGUGAUAGAAGCACCUGCAUAGAACAACCAACUGGGGUUCGUAUAAGUGAUGUGACUUUUAGGGGCAUCACAGGUACUUCGAGCACUACCGUUGCAAUUAAUCUAAAAUGCAGUCAUGCAGUUGCUUGCACUGGAAUAGUGUUGGACAAUAUUCAACUUACUUCUAAUAUUACCGGACAAUCUAUCACUUCCAACUGUGUCAACGCAUAUGGAGCAAGUGUUGGAGUGGUGCGACCCGUGGAUUGUAUCAAACACUAA